GUGGGCGCGGGCAGCGGAAGGCCGCGAGGCGCCGCUUUGGGGGCCUCCCGUGUUCUGGGGGAGGGUCUGAGGGUCUGAUGGGGAAGCGUGGGGCUUCUGGAGGGGCUGCAGACUCUGGGGCAGCCUUCCGAGGGGGAGCAGAGGGACCCUGGCGGGGCACUCGCGGCGUCCUUUCCCCGGUAGUCUCUUGCGGCGCGGUCGGCUGUAGUUAGGAGCUUGUCCCGGGGAGAGGGGCUAAGAACAGGGUCUCGGGCCUUCCCUGAGCUGGGAUGUCUGGAGUGGGAUGGGGAGUGGCAGCCUUUGGUGGCAUCGGUGGCUGGGCAGCCAAGGGAGCAGGAUCCAUUGGGAAUGAAUGUCCGUGUUUAUUCUUUCCAAGUUUCCAGCUACCCAGUGAAGCUCCCAGCAAGGCUUGCGGCCUACGCUUUGCCCGUGCUCACUUGUACUCCUAGUCAAGUCUCCCCUUGCCCUGACCUCCCUCGUCCCUGUCACUGGGCCGCCCCCGCUGCUCACAGGCGCAGCUGUCACAGCGUCCUUCCCCGCGGUCACCUCCCGACUUCCCACCAGGAGUCAGGUCUUGUUGAAUUUUCUUGCCCUGCUUUGGAGCUAUGACACUGGGUCACUGUGGCAUUGAUGACCCCUUGGUCUGUGAUUUCCUUAGGAAGCCAAGGCCACUUGUUCUGGAUGCUCCUCUGGCUCCAUGGGUCGUCCUGAGUAGACCCUGAGUGCCCAUUGGCAGCACAGAAGGCAGCUGGGAUUUGGAGGGGGUGUGUGUGAGCAUUUGCUCAUGUCUGCAUUCUUUUAAAGGACCCGCCCCUUCUGUGGUGAGGGUGAGGCUGGGGGUACCAUCUGGCACAGUGAGGUAGCAUCCUGAGUGACUCAGCGUCUUGUGGGAGAGUUGGGGUCCGUGCUGAUGGGUGGGUAAGGGGGGAGCUAAAUACCAGCAGUCAGGACCCUUCAGGUGAUGAGGGAGGUUCCUGGAGGAGGAACCUGGGAAUCGGGGCUGGACCGGCACCAACUCUGCCUAGCCCUGGGGUCCUGCUGUGGGGUAAACACUGUCCAGAUGUUUAUGCAGGCAGUGGACACCAAGCCGAUGCUUCCCAGGCCCUGAGGUUUCCUUUGAGGAGCCCGUGAUCUUCUGGGGCUCAUGUUCAGUUGGGGAAGCAGGCAGUAGGCAGGUAAAAGAUGGCUUGAGAAGGGUGUGUGUGUGUGUGGUUGGGGAGAGGCCUGUAGGCAGCUCUGAGUUGGAAUUCAGCUGGGGUAGGGGAAAACUUGGUGGAACCAAACUCCCCUGUCCACAGCAGUCUCCUCCAAUUCCUCUUGUCCUCCUCUGUGGCCUCCUCUUACAUGGCUUUCCUACUUGGCACGGGGGCUGGGCCAUCCAGGUCUGCAGUUUUCUUCAGAAACAGGUGGCAGUCAUCUGUGGAUUUCCAGAGUGGGUGACUUACUCCCUAUAUUUUUAUCUGAAACCAUGUUUUGUUUCGGGGCUUCUGUUUUAAUAGAACAAUCAAACACUAGUCCUUUUGAUGCCCUCAUAAUGUAGGGCUUAAACAGAUCUUGUAUUAAAACUGGUGCAAAUGCUACCUACAUCAUGUAAAUAACACAUGUGACUGGGCUGAGUUUAACGUAAGAUUUUUGUGUCUGGGCUUAUAAUUGAGACUAUUGUGUAGCUUUUCACCCUACUCAUUACAGGUGUUUUUUUGGCAAUACCAUUCUAACAAAAUCAGUUGUUCCUAUGUUUUUAUGAUAAGUUUUAUGUUCACAAGUAUCCAGUUGUGUUUCUAACUAGUAGAUUUCUUGGAAGAUUUCUUUAGUAGAUCUGAGUGUCUUGGGUACACAGUUGAGCUCAGAAGCCCUGGCCAUGUACCACUGACUGGUCACCUUCUCUGUGUUGUUCAUUCUCUGCAGGUACUGAUACUGGCCAAAUUCUCCAGGUGUCCUGUGAUCCCUGGCAUCUCUACCGUGUCUCUGGUGCAGUUCUAGAAAAAUGCUGCCUUUGGAGAGGGCGUUUGCCUCCCCGAGGAACUCCCCGUCCCGCCCUGAACUGCCCAUAGGGGGGUCAGCAGCCAGAGUUCGGCGGGAAGGGCCCGUGAACAUCCCUGAGAGGACUGCCGCUGACCUGGAGUUCUCCCGCCUGCGCUUCCGGGAAUUUGUCUACCAGGAGGCAGCUGGGCCCCACCAGACCCUGGCCCACCUGCAUGAGCUGUGCCGCCAGUGGCUGCGCCCUGAGGCCUGCUCCAAAGAGCAGAUCCUGGAGCUGCUGGUGCUGGAGCAGUUCCUAGGCAUCUUGCCCGACAGGGUCCGGCCCUGGGUGGUGGCCCAGUAUCCUGAGAGCUGCAGGAAGGCAGCUUCCCUGGUGGAGGGCCUUGCUGAUGUGCUGGAGGAGCCUGGAAUGCUGUUGUAUUCCCCAGGUCGUGCGUCUUCACCCUUGAACGAGGGAGUGUAUGAACGGCUGCUGUUGCCAGGUGGGCCAGCGAGCCCCAACGGAGACCCUGGACCUGUGGAGGUCCUGGCAUCUCCCGAGACUCCCUGGCCUGCUGUGCAUCCUGUGCUUCUGGAACAGGGAAGUAGCAGGGAAGAAAGGGCUGAAGUGGCCAGUGCUGCAAGAGCUGAGCUGAAGCAGCCAAAGGCAUUUCCAGAGGAAUCUCCGCACAUGGGAGAAUGGGGCCACCUUGACCCAUCAGAAGAGAACCUGAAGAGCUACAGGAAGCUACUCCUGUGGGGGUAUCAGCUUUCCCAGCCAGAUGCAACCUCUGGGCUGGAGACAGAAGAACCUGCUUUACUGGAAGGAGAACUGCCAGGAGGCAGCCUGUUAGGCCACGGGAGGCCAUGGGGAAGCCAAGGGGACAUGCAAAGGCUCGGAGGGGACCUUCCUGUUGACCCCUCAUCAGGCACCACCCAGGAGGAGGAAGAGCAGCUGCCCUGGAAAGUUUCUGAUGCCCUGGAUGGGGAGCUGAGCCCAGUCACUGGUGCCCAGAGGCAGUCAGUCAUCCGGAAACCUGCCCAGGACUGGGGCACAGCAAGGCCGGAAACCCCACUGCAGGGCCCUGGCACAAAGAGGCCUCACCCAGAGGAAGGGGAUGAGGAGGGCCCUGAGUGUGUUUCUAGUGUGAGCAACCACCAACAGUAUGGCAUGAGGAAGAAGCCCAGUGGAGCUGGCCGUAGUGCAGGGUUCGUGUCUAGUCAGGACCCGGGUCCAUCUGCCCCAGGCCUGCCUGUGGUUGAUGAGCCUGGAGCAUGCAGAGGGAAGCCGUAUACCUGCAGUGAGUGCAAGGAGGCCUUUGCCUGGAUCUCCCUUCUCACCGAGCAUUACAAGAGCCACAAGAGCAGGAAGUGCUACACGUGCCAGGGCUGCUGUAGAACCUACCACUUCAGCUGGAACCCGGCUGAGUACCAGAAGACUCCCGAGGAGGAGGCGCAGGUCCAGGGCCCCCGCCCUGCCAUUUGUGAAGCUCAUGCUGGGGGGAGGCUCCACAGGUUCCCAGAGUGUGUGGAAGAUGAUCUUUUACCUGUAGAGCCUGAGGUGUAGACAUGGGUUGCUGUCCUGUGAGCAUCCUGCCAGAUGAGUUGUCUGGCUGAGAAUCCUGAGUAGUGUAUCAGGCUCCUUGGAAGCUGUUAGAUGGUGGCUUCUCGCCGUAUCUGUGGAUAAAGUCUGCUUGUUUCAAGUGAGCUUAUGUGGCUUGAGCACCUAGAACCAGAAGGCCUAUAGUGAACAUACUCUGGGCAGAUGCUAACAUGAGUAUAGUCAUUGGGUGUGGAUGAAGAUUCUGCUUUCUGCAGCCAUUUGGCACCACCCUCAUGCUGGAUUGUUUGAUAUUGUGCAAAGUGUAGAAUUGCCUUAAAGUGUGUGAUCUGUCAGCGCUUUUUUGAAUUCAUCCUUACCUCAAUUCCUCCUGUUUGAGCUCCCCAAGAUUGUUCAAGCAGAAUUCUUGCCAGCUGUGCUUGCUUAUACCCAAUGUCAGAUUCGCUUUUGAAUCCUGAAAAGCAGAUACUGUUUUCUUAGUUCAGCUUAAUGUCUUUUACCUGUAUGGAGUGGCUUAUAAAGCUAGCAGAAAAGCCUUGAGCCUAAUAAUGUAGGGUUUUCAGAUUGAAUCUCAACCCAUUAGUGAAUUGUGAGAUCAGAUUAGUGGGUGACCAUCAGCCUUGUGAAACGAUGAGGUAGAAUAAACUAGGUCAGAAUGUAUCAUGUAGCAAAGGCAAAUAUUGUUUUGUGAAACUUCCAGCCAUAGAUGAAAGGAUAAGAAGUAGCUGUAAUGUGAAAUGUGUUUCUUACUGGGGUUGUCAUCUAAGUAACUUGAAAAGUAGCUUGAAAACACUCAUGAAGGUUGAUGGAGGAAUCUCCGCCUGAGCAAAGGAGACCACGCUUCCCAGACUACAUAAGGUAUCUGGAUUUUGCAUUCAGUCUCAGAUCACAGCAUCAUUUUCAUUGUCUGAGUGUAAGAUUAACUGCUCACUGUAGAUAUUGUGCCUCUUUGACUGUGUUUGGGAAGGCAAUCUGUGACAACCCCAAAUCAUAGAAGCUUAACAAUAAAGAUUUUAUUUCUUCAC